CUGCCGCGGUUCGUUAGUCCAGUUGUCUACGGCCUGCGUGACCAGACCUUCAGGAGAUACGUGAGAAGGUCUUAGUCAAGUAUGAGCUCGUCAGUGGCCAACACAACGUUUCCUCAGUUCAUGCUCAUCAGGGAUACCUACACCACAGCGUUUGUGAAGAACCUGAUCGUGGUCCUGGUCUGGAUCACCCUCAGUUACAUCAAUAGCACCUUGGUCGCUACUUUUUUUAGACACCAGACUUUUUACGAAGACCCUCGUUACAUCCUCUUCAUCCACAUGGUGAUCAACGAUGCCAUCCAGCUGACCGUCACGAUCACCCUUUUUGUCCUCAGCUACAUCUUCUACAAGAUCAACGUGUCGUUCUGCUGCUUCUUCAUCCUCGUGGCGGUCUUCACCACCAGAAACACCCCGGUCAACUUAGCCAGCAUGGCCAUAGAGCGCUACAUUGCCAUUUGCGAGCCUUUGCGUCACUCCCAAAUCUGCACAGUGAGACGGACUUAUAUCGUCAUCGGGUGGAUUUGGUUCAUAUGUGUAGCUCCAGAUAUUACAGAUCUGUUUGUGACGCUGGCAACAGAGUCCCUGAGCUUCUUCCACGAGUCGGUGUUCUGCUUACGGCAGAAUGUGUUCAAAGACCCGAUCCUGGCUUACAAGAGACAAGCCUUUGACAUCAUCUACUUCUCCUGUGUGUUCCUGAUUCUGGUCUUCACCUACUUGAGGAUCAUGUUUGCAGCCCGGGCCCUCUCCACAGAGAAGAUGUCAGCCCAGAGAGCCAGGAACACCAUCCUGCUCCACGGGGCCCAGCUCGCCAUGUGCAUGCUGUCCUACAUCUCCCCCAGCGUGGAGGUGGUUCUGCAUCUAAUCUUCCCCGGCCGGAUCCUAGAAAUCAGAUAUGCAAACUACCUGAUCGUUUACAUCCUGCCCCGCUUCCUGAGCCCGAUAAUCUACGGCGUCAGAGACAAAAAGUUCAGGAAGCACUUCAAGAUGUAUCUUCUGAGCAACAGGCUCAGAUUUCGGGCAGUGGACCCCAGGAACAACAAAUGA